AUGGUUUCUCACCACGGCAUCCAUCAUGUCCACAAGACUCCGAUCCAGGAUCUCCCCCAUAUGAACUUCCGCUCGUAUGUUGAAGCCCUUAAGCAGGACAACGAUCUCGUGGAAAUCGACCGAGAAAUCGACCCCGAUCUCGAAUGUGGUGCCAUCAUCCGCAAGGUCUGCGAGACCGACGACAAAGCGCCGCUUUUCAACAACCUGAAGGGAGCUCGCGAUGGUCUCUUCCGUAUCCUCGGCGCACCCAACUCGCUUCGAUCAGGCAAGGACAAGUACGGACGACUUGCUCGCCACCUGGCUCUUCCUCCCUCGUCCGGCAUGAAGGAGAUCUUGGACAAGAUGCUUUCCGCGAAGCAUGCUCAACCGAUUCCCCCGAAUAUCGUCAAGACUGGCUCCUGCAAAGAGAACGUGCUGAACACCGAAGAGUUUGACCUGACGAAACUUCCGGUCCCUCUUUUGCACCAGGCCGAUGGUGGAAAGUAUAUCCAGACCUACGGUAUGCACGUCAUAUCUUCACCGGAGAAGGAUUGGACAAAUUGGUCUAUUGCCCGUGCUAUGGUUUAUGACAAAGACCACUUGGCUGGUUUGGUCAUCCCGCCUCAGCAUGUUUGGCAGAUGCAACAGAAGUGGAAGGCUAUUGGCAAGGACGUGCCUUGGGCCCUUUGCUUCGGUGUUCCCCCUGCCGCCAUCAUGGCCUCUAGUAUGCCAUUACCUGAUGGCUGUACUGAAGCUGGCUAUAUUGGCGCUAUGACUGGCCACGCUAUUGACGUGGUCAAGUGUGAGACUAACGACCUCUAUGUCCCGGCGAACGCUGAGAUCGUUCUUGAGGGUACUAUGUCAAUCACUGAGACUGGCCCUGAAGGACCAUUCGGAGAGAUGCAUGGUUAUGUUUUCCCUGGAGAUACCCACCCUUGCCCUCUCUAUAAGGUGAACAAGAUCACCUACCGGAACGGUGCUAUCCUCCCAGUCUCUAACUGUGGCCGCCUUACCGAUGAGACCCAUACGAUGAUCGGACCCCUUGCGGCUGCCGAAAUUCACCAGCUCUGUAAGGACGCAUGUCUUCCUGUUAAGGAGGCCAUGUCCCCUUUCGAAUCCCAAGUAACCUGGGUUGUGCUUCAGAUUGACGGCGCCAAGCUCCGUCAGAUGAAGACCACCUCGGAGGAACUUUGCAGGAAGAUUGGUGAUUUGAUAUUCAACCACAAGGCUGGCUAUACUAUCCAUCGCCUGCUUCUCGUCGGUGAUGAUAUCGAUGUAUAUGACUGGAAGGAUGUCAUCUGGGCAUUCUGCACUCGCUGUCGUCCCAGCCUCGACGAGUACUUUUACGAUGACGUCCGCGGAUUCCCUCUGAUUCCGUACAUGUCGCAUGGAAACGGUUCCCCUAUCCAGGGUGGCAAGGUUGUUUCCGACGCUUUGAUGCCUACUGAGUACACCACUGGACCUGAUUGGCAGGCUGCUGACUUCAAGAACUCGUACCCCGAGGCCAUAAAAGCCAAGGUGAACGCUGAGUGGGCUUCUAUGGGCUUCAAGGCUGAUCACUGA